UUCUUUUUGGGGCCGAGAUUUAAACUUCACUGUUGACGCUUCACAGUUGAAGCAAACGCAGAUGCCAUGGCUUUGAUCUUCCCGGACUACCAGCCCACCACCUCUGUGCCUGACCCCCUCUUGCCCUGGCUCUGGUCGAUCAAGAAAGCUCUCGAAGAAGACUCGAGGUCAGGGUUAGAUCUCAGCAAGCUUCUCUCGGAUUGCAUCGUCACAUUCAAGGGCAAUGAGCAGUACCGGAACGAUGUCAGAUUUCUCAAGAUUUGGUUCCUCUAUAUGGACAUUUGUAAAGAUUUUGAGCGUGUUUUCAGAGAAAUGGUGGAGAGUGAGAUAUGUAUUGGCCAUUCCUUGCUUUAUGUAUGCUAUGCAUCCAUUCUUGAAUCGAAAGGGAUGUUGCAUGACGCUCACAUGGUUUAUCAGUCUGGAGUUUUAAGGAAUGCUAAACCGGUCGAGUUGUUGAAGAAGGCACAUGCCUUAUUUCUCGAUAGAAUGUCUGAAUUAGCGAAUGCCUGUUCAUUUCAGAAGAUUGAUGAUCGUGAAGCCAUUAAGUUUGGAAAAAGUCAAAUUAAUCCAUGGUCCACCUCUAGCAUUGAAAACCUAUUGAAGAAGCUGAAUCCUCAUAUUAUGAAAUAUGAUGGAUACCAUAAAAGUAAAAAAGCUUACCCGGGAAAAGUGGCUCUAUCUUCUUUGCAUAAUUCAUCAAGGAAUAAGGUUAUUGAGAUAGGUGGAAAAAAGUACCAGAUCAAAGGUUGUGCCGGUCAGGGUGGUUUUGCUCAAGUAUAUAAAGCAUAUGUCAACAGUAAUCCAGAUGAAGUUGUUGCGCUUAAGAUACAAAAGCCUGCUUUCCUUUGGGAGUUCUACAUGUAUCGUCAGCUAGAUCAGCGCAUCUCAGACAAGGAAAGGUCAAGCUUUGGCUUUGCUCAUAGAGUGCAUCUCUACUCUGACUGUAGCAUACUUGUCUGUGACUAUCUAUCCCAUGGGACUCUUCAGGAUGCAAUAAACUCCUAUGUGGUCACUGGCAAGUCCAUGGAAGAGGAGUUAUGUAUUUACUACACAGUAGAGAUGCUGUACAUGCUAGAAACUUUGCAUGGCGCUGACCUCAUUCAUGGUGAUUUCAAGCCUGAUAAUCUGCUUAUUCGUUAUGCUAGGGGUGACCUUACAGAAGAUGGGUUCCAUGACCGAACUGGUCCUUGGCAUGAUCAGGGCCUUUGUCUUGUUGACUGGGGAAGGGGGAUAGAUCGACGUCUCUUUUCGGACGAUGCAGAAUUUAAGGGAGAUUGCCGGACUUCUGGGUUUCGUUGUAUUGAAAUGCGGGAGAAUAAGCCAUGGACAGUUCAGGUAGACACAUAUGGCCUGUGUGUUAUAGUCCAUAUGAUGCUGCACAAUUCUUAUAUGCAGUUAGAAAAGAAAGCAUCAUCUGAUGCUGGCUACAUUUAUCUACCCAAAUCACCUUUCAAACGAUAUUGGAAAGUUGAUCUCUGGAAGAAUUUUUUUACCAAGCUGCUUAACAUGAGCCCUGGCACUGGCAGUGAUGACAAGAACUUGUUGCAGAAUUUGAGGGAAACAUUCCAGGAUUACAUUUGCUCUAAUCCUCAGCUCAUAAAGAAACUAAAGGAGUUGCUGGUGAAGCAAAGGGCUUCCUUGUGUUCUGCUUAGUUUCUCUGGUCUUUUCCACUGAAUUUUAAUUUUUAAUGGCCAUGAAAUUGUCAAAUUUAUGCACAGUGCAACGAAAAGCAAAAUUAGGUGUAACUCUUCAUUUAUAUUUUAACUCAAAAUAUAUAUACACAUCCUUGAACCUCAUAAAAAGAAUUCUAGUUAAAUUAUGGACACAGACCACCUAUCACAAGUGUGUAUGGACAUUAAUGUGGGAAGAUGGCUCAACCCAUGUGACUUUGUGGUCGGUGAUUGGGAGAUGGACAUAUUAUUAUGGGCACUUGUUAU